AAGCCAUCAGGGUGUAAAACCUAUUAGCCCAUCAUUGUGGUUAGAUAGUUUUAUUCAGCUAAGACCAAAUUGAUCGCAGCUAUUUAAGCCAAAUUCUACAUUCUUCAACGUUUGAUUUCAUUGUAAAAACUCGUAAUAAUAAAAACGUUGCAAAAUUAUGUUCUUCCAACUUUGUCCCACCGUCAAUAAAUAGACUGCAUACAAUCCCCAUCCUGAACACAAGGGCGCAAAGAAAUAUACUAAAUAAAAACAAAUCUAUACAUAUAGAUCCCAUCAUUAAGGUUCAUAUCAUCAACGAAUUAUGCCUCGAAUCUCGAUGGAGAAUGUAGCAGCUCCACGUCUAGGUGGGAUAGUACGGGAUCUUUAUGAUGUCGCUCAGCGAUUCUUAGAUUGGUAUCAACAGCAAUCAGUUAUCAAGAGGGUUCUUCUCGGAAUCUUAGGAUGUAUCGGGGUCAUGGGUGGUAUACUAAUGUUAAUUUUUCACAAAUACUUUAUAGACGCAUUGGUUUAUGUGGCGGACUCAUGGCAUGAUUUAAGUUAUGGUGGAGUGAUAUUGUUCUUGCUAGUAUUCUUUGUUUCAUUUCCACCAUUGCUUGGGUUCUCUGCAUUAUCAAUUUUAACUGGAAUGGUUUAUGGAUUUCCAAAUGGUUGGCCAUUGUUAGCAGUGGCAUCAUUACUGGGAUCAGUAUGUUCUUUCCUUUUCACAAGAUACUGGUUACAUGAUUAUGCUAUUAAGUUAGUCAAUAAAGAAGAAAUAUUUAGAGCAUUCGCGGAGAUUUUGAAGGAAGACAAAUCAUUAUAUUUACUUAUAUUAUUAAGAUUAUGUCCAUUACCUUAUUCAUUAUCAAAUGGUGCAUUGGCGGCUAUUCCAGAACUUCCUGUUUUGAAGUUCUUUUUGUCAUCAUUGAUAACAUCUCCUAAAUUGUUAAUUCAUUUAUUUGUGGGUUAUAAAUUGAAGAAUCUUGGUGAUGAAACAAAUACCACAGCAACUAAAUUCGUUGAUUUCUUAAGUAUUGUAUUAACAGGAUUGGCCGCAAGUGUUACAACUUAUGUUAUUUAUAAUAAAAUGCAAAGUAAAUUACAAGGAUACCACAAUAGCCAUAGUCAAACAGGUUUCCCGCCUGUGGGAAGUGAGAAUUAUGAUAGAAUCAUAUUUGGAGAUUUUGAAGAUGAUUUGGAGUUAGGUGCAACUAGUGAAAUAGAAUUGAAUUCAGCUGAUUUUGAUGAUGACAAUUUUAUAAUUCAAGAUGAGGAUGAUGUUAUUGUUAACGAUCAAACACCAUUGACCGGCCAAUCAGAGCCAUUGGGACACAAUUUAAGCAUAAUGAAGGAUAACGACAAGGAUAUAAUUAUAGAGGAAGAAUUACCAAAUAAAAUAAAAUCUAGGGAUUACUGAAUAUAUAAAUAAUACAUUUUUUUUUUAAAAAUAAAUA